ACGGGGCCGGGCGGUUUGGGGCGUUUUGGGGGGGUUUGGGGAGUUUUGGGGGGCUUUGGGGAGUGAGGCCCCUCCAGGGCUGGCAAGGAGGCUCUGGGGAUCACUGGAGAGGAUGGAGGGCGAGGGGGUCCGUGGGGUUGUGGUUGGGAAGGGUGGAGGAUGUUGUGGGGAGGGGGUGGUGGGAGGCUGGGGUGUUGCGGGGUUAUUUGGGGUUAUUAUAUUCCCCCCCUCUUUUGGGGGGAAUACGGGUGAAUUUGGGCUCCCCUGGGGCUGGGGGGGGUCCCCAUGUGUGAGGAGGUGGGCGAGGGGACCCCGCUGUGGCUCUGCCCUGCCAGCCCCUCUCCGUGUUGGGGGGCUCACCAGCACCCCCCUGUCCUGGCCCCGGGGGUCACACCGAGCCCCCAGCGCGGCCGGGCCCCCACCGCUCCUGCCCGACUCCGGCACCACCCUUGGGCUUCCCGGCACUGCAGAGCUCCUCCUCCGCGCUCCCCACCUGCGGGGCCCCGUCCCGGGGAGGGCAGCACCGAGGGGCCGACCCCAGCCCGUUCCAGCAGCGGCAUCGCGAGCACGUGUCUCAGAACAGCUCAGGGACAGCCGUGUCACCAUCUCCAUCCCACUCAGCCACCAGCCAGGGCACUCAGAGUGUGAGUCUGGCUGGCCCUGCCUCGGGAAGGAAUCAACACCUCCAACAUCUUCAUCCAACACCACCACAGCACCAUCUUCAGCCAGGACACCGGGAUCACCACCUGUGACACCCUCAUCCAAUGCCACCACGGCACCCCCUCCAUCCCACACGAGUGUGUCCAGACCCCCAGAGCAUCCAUCCAACUCAACCCCAGCGCCAGCCCCCUCCUCAGCCAGGCCCUCUGGGCCUGCUCCCAGCUCCCCCACCGUGAGCCCGGGUCCCAGCAGCAGCAGCACUGUCACCAGCAGCUCCAGGAGGACAGCAGCCCCUGGCAGCACGGCUGGCAGCUCCGAGCAGCAGCCCGCGGAGCUGAGCCCUGCCGUGGUUGCCCUGGUCUCGCUGGCCGUGUGCCUGCUGGUGGCGGGGGUGGCCGUGCUGCUGCCGCAGCUGUCCCGGCGCGGGACCCCCCCCUUCCAGCACCUGGAUGAGGUGCCCAUGAGCAGAGUGACGGAGGGGUCCCCUGUCGCCCCCCCCUCCCCCAGCUGACCCCCGGCUCAGCCCCCCGGGCUCCCCGCGCUCUGAAUAAAGAAUCCGCUGCCCUG